AUGACUGCCCCAGAUAACACCAACCCUCUCUUAAUUUAUAACUCCUUUAUGUCGAUCACCCAGAAUAAUAACUACAAUAAUGAGCAAAAAAACUCCGCUCCCAUCAACCUGACUCUCAAAAGGGCCGUGGAGAGACAACCUUUGUUCCAAUUAUUGACCUUGAACCAAAAGACCAAUGACUUAAUCAAGAAUAAAACAAACUUUCUCACCAACUCUGCUCUAUCGUUGACUACCAAAAAAGGAAAUACCGUUAACACCACCAGGCAACAACACAAAUCCCUCAAUGCUUUCACAGGAACUGGAAGUCCAAAAUAUGAUCGAUCUCAAACGACGCCUAUUCCUGAAUCCCAUGAAUCACUAUCACAAUCUAAUUAUCUUUCCAUUGGUCGAAAUUCUUUAGAUGGUUACAAUACAAACAAUAAUGCCGUUCAUCCUCAAGAUCAGCAGAUGCAGUCUCCUGUUUUCAAUAGUACUGUAACCCGCAGAAAUUCCGAAGACAUCUACCUCACCAAGCUAGACACCAAUAUAAGCCAUAAUCCCAAGAAAAGACACGAAUUUCCAACCUCACCGGUAGAGUUUGCCAAUUCUAUCUGGUCUCCAAAUGCCACUACAUCUCCAACAGGAGCUAGUUUUGCCGGUUUAAGCUCGUCAAGUACCCCACACAUUAACAGUAGUUUCCAUGAGACAAGAUUAUUAGGUGAUUCAGACUAUACCGAUUGUGGAGGAGUUAAUAGAUUCGGAAAUGAGUCAAGCAGAUACUCUGUUAAUCAAUAUGAGCUACCAUCAUCGACUAGUUCGUAUGCUCCUUCUAGUCAAGAAUCCACUUUUGAUCAACAUAGUUUCACCUCAACAUACAGUCCUAUCAGUACUAGCUUCGAGUUUGCUAGACAAGAAAAUACUCACAAUUAUUCGUUCAAGCAGACAACCAGCGAUGAGUAUUCUCACCAACCUGGAAUAAUCUCCCCUCCAAACUUCAAUCUUCAUGAAUCUUCUCGCUUUUUCAACAUCAAAUUGUCCUCAGUAACUGAGCUCCAAAAUGCAUUCUAUUCAAAAUUUUGGUCAUCCAAUAAUCAAUUCAUAAAUAAAAAGCUACUAGAGGUCCUUUCAACCAAUCACCCGGUCUAUUUGUUGUUUUCGGUCCAUGGAUACCAUUCCUUUAGUGGGAUAGCUCAGUUGCUCUCUGGAUUCCAAAAUAACUUGAGCAGUGACCAAAUCCUCUUCAAUUUGCAGUUCACAUUCGUUAAAGAGAUGAGCUUGAAUUAUUUUCAAUCUUUAGCCAUCUCUGCUCACCAACACCAAAGUGUUAUCAAUUGCGCCGAUGGUCAGGAAAUCUCCGUAUUAACAGCAUCCACCAUAGUUGAAAUUUUUAAGACUGUUCAUUCAGGACAAAGUUUCUUGACUAAUAACUAA